AUGCCUCCGAAGAAGAAACGUACCCACAAGGCCAGGAAGGCAGAGCUGGUAUUCCUUGAGCGGCCGCAAGAGGGACCUAUCCAUUCCUGGGAAUCUCCACUACGUUUGGCUGAGAAUCCAAGACAUGUUCCUACCAAGCCUGUGGACCAAAACACCUCGAUUGCCUGGGUGUGCCCACAGUUUGAAACUUCAGAGCCCAUAGUCUCGAAAGGAUGUCAGAAGAGUCACAGAGCCCAGAACUGGGAUGCCAACCACAGUUCUCUUCAUCAAGGAGGUGCUUGCCGAAAAGUUAUACCUUGCAAGUUUCCCCCUUUAACUUUUGAGGCUCCGGAAGGGCACGCGCACCACUUCUCAGAUCGUCCGGAUCACACGAGGAAGGAUGUACGUCUCUCCCACAGGCAGCCGCCAAAAAAGAUAGUGGCAAAAGCCAACAUCCAAGUAGAUAGUUCUCUGCCAUGUUUAGGACUCUCUGCAUUGCCUGUUGCUCAGCCCGUAGAACCAGAAGUCUCUAUUUGCCCAGAUACACAGACUCAAAAUCUGCCUCCUGGAAGGACCUUGAGUUGCAGCAGCACUUUGCCACAAAUGAGUGACCAUGUCUGGCUUCUGCAUAACACUCUGGCACCGAACAUUGACCCCCCUGAGGAGGAGGAUCUGGCAACGGUGCUGGUCACAGAUACUCCAGAGCAUGCGUAUGGAGUAAAGGUAACCUGGAGGCAGCGGCCUCAUAUCCUGCAGUACCUGAGGGAGCGAGGAAGGCUGAGUGCUGACGACAUAUUCGUGAAGAGGAAUCCACCCUGA